CUCCCUAUUAAUUCCUUAAUAUAUAUUUUUUUCUCGAACCCUCCUCUUGCUGACAAUUCCACCCAUCUCAUCUUCCUUUUAUCCUCUCUUUUAUAUUAUAUUAUCUUCUUCAUCUUCUUCUUUCUUCUUCCAUUUUUCUCUUUCUAUUAUUGCGUGUCAUCGUUCUACAUUAUUGUUAUAACCUAACAUCACCGGCCGACACCAAAGCCAAGAUAAUAGACAUCAUCAUCAAAUAUCUGAAACUCGGGGGAAACGACCAAAAAGAUUCAGUUUUUAAGACACCCUUUAUUAAAUUUUCAGGUUUUUAUUGAUCUAGAGUUACGUGUGUUUUUCUUAUGAGAUGGGUUUUUGAGAUUGAACGUAAAGUUUUGAUCUUUUUAAUGGUUUAUUUGUUUUUUUAUGUUUGUGGGGGUGUGGCAAUGAGAUGUGAGGAUAGACGAAGGUAUCAGUUUUGAAAUGAGGAUACUUUGUGAUUCUUGUGAAAGUGCUGCAGCUACUUUGUUUUGUGCUGCUGAUGAGGCUGCUCUUUGUGCAGUUUGUGAUACAAAGGUACACAUGUGCAAUAAGCUUGCGAGCCGUCAUGUAAGAGUUGGGCUUGCAAAUCCAAGUGAAGUUCCUCGCUGUGAUAUUUGUGAAAAUGCACCAGCUUUCUUUUACUGUGAGAUAGAUGGUAGUUCCUUGUGUUUACAAUGCGACGUGAUCGUUCAUGUUGGUGGUAAAAGAAUGCACAAGAGAUAUCUCCGUCUAAGGCAGAGAGUUGAGUUUCCAGGCGAUAAACGAAAUGAUGGGAAGGACCAAAAUGUAAAACCGAUGGAACAGGUUGAGAAAGUAAAAGGCCAAAAUGAAGAAAGGGGUGAGAUUGAAAAGCAUGAAGAGUUGAGGGUCUCAGGUGUUGAAAAAGAUUAUUCAAAUGGAGAUGGGCAUUCCAAGCGGCCUAAUAAAGUGAUUGAUUUAAACAUGUAGUGCCUCUUCAAUAAACUUAGAUGCUUAAUUCUGAUUUUUGGGAUUUCUCCAGCAAUAAGGUGGGAAACAUUUUUCAAACAGUUUUAAGUUUAGGAAAUGAGGUUGAAAUGCUAUGGUAAAUCUCUACCGUUCUAAAUUUUAUUUUGGAACUUAGCCUAAGGCAAAGCCAAAGUUCCACUCUAUUGUUCUUUUCUACCCAUCAUGAGUUAUCCUAAAAAGAUUCAACUUGAAUCA